UAAAGUAGAGACUCAAUCACAAGAAUUUGGUAAAUUUGCUGAAAUAAAGAAUACUAUUAAGCCUCCCGAGGAAGAUGAGGAGGAUCUGGAGGAGAAAGAAUAUAUAAGCAGACCAAUUAAGAUCAAAACUAGUGCAGAAAAGUUUAGCCAUGUUAUUGUAAAAGAUCCACCUUUCUAUAAUAAAAAGAAUAGAAAGGAGCCAUAUAGAAUCAGUAAUUUUAUGGAGUAUGCAGAUAUCACAAAAGAACAAAAUAUAGAAAUAGAUAUUAAUUAUUACUUAGAAGUAACAAUGACAAUAUGUGUGUGGUUUAUUAAUGAAGAUGAAAAAUAUCAACCAUUAUCUUCACACAAAAUUAUGCAACUCAAAAAUUCAGAUAAGAAAGAAAAGCAUAUUGACACAUAUUCUCAGAGACAAGCCAAAAAAUGGCUUACAAAAUAUGUUAAAGCCUUGAAUUGA